AUGCGGGCUUUUCAGUCUUUAUACCGGAGCCGAGGUAGAAGGCCAUUCAGAGGUCGUCGUGGUCAGGGAAAUUUAAGCAUGCGCGGAAAGGCUCGUAACUGGGGCAUGGGUGGACCAACCAUCCAAUCACAUGAAUCAUCAUCUUCUCAUCCAGAAACUUCUACAGCUGAAACGGCAGGUUCUACUGAAGAAAAGGCAAAUCAUACUGCUGAUGAUGAUGAUGAUAAUAAUAAUAAUAAUAAUAAUAAAGAAGCAGGUGGGUUGCCGGCGCGGACAACUGAAAUAGCACAAGAUAAUGCAGCUCUUAAUCAGCGGCCUAAUCAAUUUGCAUGGUGUGAAAUAUGCAGGGUCCAAUGCACUAGUUUGGACAUCCUUGUGCAACACAAUAAUGGAAAGCGACAUAAGAAGAAUUUGCAAAGAUUAGAAGAGUCGAAAGAUGCUAACAUAUCUGUUGCUGAAAUUCUGGAUAGGCAGACACCUAUUGGAGUUUUUAGUCCUGAAGUGACUUUGAAGUCUGAUAAUUUACUUGAAGGUGAGGAAAAUGAGCAAAUCCCGUCCAAAAAUUUGCCAAAAGAAACAGUUUCCAGUGGGAGUAUGGUGGAAUCUGAACAGAAAAAUGAUCAAUCCGAUCAUCCUGAUAUUCCGAUAGAGCGACAACCUAAUAUGCCAGAAAAUAUUCCUGAGUUGAAUUGGGCUUUCAAUCAGAGACAUGUCUGGAAACGUAAUAUGCAAGGUGGUCGUGGAGGGAAGCGUAUGAAAACUUCUGAUACACGGAGGCAACCUCCUAAACCCAAAGUAGUCGUAAUUCCAUUGAUAUGUGACUUGUGCAAUGUAAAGUGUGAUACCCGUGAGGUCUUUGAUCGUCAUCUUUCUGGUAAAAAACACAUUUCUAAGCUCAAACGCUAUGAAGGUCACCAAGCAAUGUAUGGACCACAAGGACUUCAAGCUCUUUACCCUCCAAAUCCUGUCACACAAACGUUAUAUGCUCGACCAGGUCUUCAAGAAACCCUUACUGCUUCGCAGAAUAUUCCACCCGGACUUAACAUGCCUUCACAAGCGCACUAUGCAGCAACUACGGCAAUGGAUACUCCACUUCAGCAAAAUCCCAACUUCUGA